AUUAGCCCCAGCACAGACGAGUUCUCCCGGCAGCUCCUGCGCCUCUCCCGCAUCCCGCCCGCGCUCCGCUCCCAGACACGGAACAUCCGCAGCUGCUGCACUGAAUUCUGCUGCUGUGCCGGUCAGGUGGGGGCGAUGCCGAGCUGCAUAGUGAAGGGCUGCGCCCACUACACGGGCAUGAAGGCCAACCACCCGCUGCUGACCAUGCACGUCUUCCCGCGGGAGCUCAGCCGCAUCAAGCUCUGGCUGCAGCAGAUCGGCCAGAACUUCGGGGACCUCGACUCUUUUGCCUCUAAGGUUUUUGAUGCGUCGAGGACUGGUAAAUACCGCAUUUGCUCCGCCCACUUUGCGCCCGGCAGCUACACCUCCCAGGGGAGCCGGAUUGUGCUGAAAAACGACGCCAUCCCCACCCUGUUCCCCGGGACCUUCCCGCAUCCUCCACCGGACUCUGCAGCUAAAACUGACAGUACGGACACCUCUGCGCCAAAGGCCGUCGCCCAGAAGGAGGCGGGGCCUCAGCCAAAAGCAGACACUCAUAAGAGGCUUCAGCAGGGAGUGCGCUGGAACCCAAAUGCCAGGCUGGGCCGAACCCCCGGGCCCCCGAAGGAGCCACUCCUGGACGUCAAUGGCCGAUUCUCGGGCGUCGUGCGAAGAGACUCAAAGACCAAAUCAAACGAGCUCCGCAACAACUGGACCAUAACAAUCCCACCAGACACCACGGAGGAGAACCGGCGCGCCUUGUGGUCUCUGGAAAAUUUAUUGGUCUCCCUCCUGCAGCAUCUGGCACACGCUCCUCUCACCUCCCGACCACAAAAACACAAGACCAGCCGCCUGCUGAACCAGACCGCCGAGAUCGUGUCCGUGCUGACCGGAGAGGAAUGGACGGUUGUGAAGAAGAAUUCUCACAUCAGCAAGUUCUACAACAUGAUCCGAGAGGUUCCCAUCAAGUGCGGGGAUGUGGCGGUGUUCUUCUCCAUGGAUGAGUGGGACUACAUCGAGGACCACGAGGAGCAUUACAAGCACGUGAUGGUGGAAGAACCUAAGAACCCCAUUGUCAUCGUAGACGACCCCAAAACCGAAUUCUUUCCAGAGACGCAAUACGAACAUAGGCCGAGCUUCGCUGACUUGGACUUUGGGAGUCCCCUGGACUUUCUCCCGAGCCCCGCCACUUUCCCGCCGCCGCUGACAGAUAAAGAGGAAAGAGAAGAGAUUGAAGUUCUUGAGAUGAGCUGUGUCUCAGAGGAUGUCAUUGACGAACCGGCGGCCGCCACACCUCAGAGGGAGAGAAUAGAUUCUUCCUCAGGAGACAAGGAUGUUGGGGGUCGUUUGGACGUCGCCCGGAGCCCCGCGUCACCCCCAGCCCAGAAAGAAAAGCAAAAAGAAAAAAGAAAAGAUGACAUAGACGAAACUCUGGAGGUGACUUGUUGUACAGAUGAUGACGACGACAUGCCUGAGCCCCCGAAAAGACGGGACGCUUCCCCGAAAAGACGGGACGCUUCCCCGAAAAGGCGGGACGCUUCCCCGAAAAGAAGGGACGCUUCCCCGAAAAGAAGGGACGCUUCCCCGAAAAGACGGGACGCUUCCCCAGCAGCAGAUGCGGUAGAAGAAUCGGAGUCCGCCAGCUCGGAGUUGUGGAUUGCACAGGACGGUACAACUUCUUCUACGUGGAUCCCACAAGACGACCCGAGGCCCAAAGGACGAAACAGCUUUAAGUAUGGUAAACAUGCUGGCAGAAUCCAGUGUCCGGUCAGCCUGUCCGGUAUCACCAUCUGUUUACCGGAGCAGCCCCUGAAGAGAGCAGAGUCCGCACGGGACCCCCGCUGUGACCUCUGUGACCUCAGCUUCCCUGAUAAAUACGAACUGGAUCUGCACCAGAUCACACACAGUAAGAAGCAGCGGCUGUGACCCCCUUACAGCGGGAGAGGCACGGACAGAAAACCAUGAAGGGACUGUGGCCGCACCUGCCGGCUUAAUGAGCCUCGUGUGUAAAGAUGGCGUCACGGUAAAGUCCGUUUUUUGUUUUGUUUUUAAAAGCAACUUCAAGAUGGAAACCAUUAGCAAACUGUUUGCAGCUGAGCAACGUUUUUUUGUUGUUUUUUUUCUCGAACACGCCACUGCAUCCUCCUCCCACUAAGUGGGAAAGCUGGGUGAUAACCAAUAUGGCCUCCCCCGUCUGUCACCGUAGUGGUCGUCACCCAGCUUUCCUAUAAAAGAUGGAACCAAGAAAAUCAAAACACUUGACAGAAGAGGACGAUUCGGGAACUUGCAACUGGUGGGUUUUCAUCUUUACUCUGUAAUGGAUUAGUUCUGCCUGGGACUGUGCGCUGUGAGGGUUAACCCUUUGUCUGCUCCCCAAUAGUGUGUCCGUAGGUUAACACUUUGGGCCUGGGCUUUCGUUUUAUUGGACGUUCUGAGUCGCCAUCAGGGAUCGGCGACUUUCAACUCCCAGCAUGGACACUUACUCGGCUGUUUUCCGUGGAUUCUGGGAGUUGUAGUUUCAGAAUAGCUGCUGACCGGGACACAAA